UAAGGAAGCGACUUCCAACAGUGGAAUGUGCACUGUGGAAUUUACUGGCAUCGCCGGCCAUAUAGAAAGACUGGGGAUGUAGUUGACACAGACAGAGGUUACCAGUGCCAAUUCCGGGACUUGAGCAAGUGACAAGCAGCCGCUGGAACUUGGAAGUUUCAGGGAGCUCGUGACGUCAGUGUCAGAUGACUCAAAACUUUUUUUUUGAGCUAAAAGGGCUUUAAAUCGACCGGCACCCACCGCUCGGGCUGGAGUAAAGAUCCUCCUUCACCUAGAAGUGGACCAAAGCUCAAGGAUUCCAAUAUUUUGUUCCAAUAUUUUGUUGUUCGGUCAGUCUGAUCUAAUCAACUUCAACCAUCGUUGAGAGCUUCUUCCGAAACUUUGGUGCCAAAGCUAAAGCAAGAUGGGUGACUGGAGUGCCCUUGGGAAGCUAUUGGAUAAAGUACAGUCACAUAUGACUCCGGGAGGUAAAGUGUGGCUCACUGUGCUCUUCAUUUUCCGUCUCUUGGUGCUGGGCACUGCGGUGGAAUCAGCCUGGAGCGAUGAACAAUCUGCGUUCACAUGCAACACAUUGCAACCAGGUUGUGGUAAUGUCUGCUAUGACAAGUCCUUUCCUAUAUCCCACCUUCGAUUCUGGGUCCUUCAGUUUAUUUUUGUCUCCACACCGACUUUGGUCUACCUUGCCCACGUCUUUCGUAUCUCUCACAAAGAGAAGAAAAUAUCUAAGGAGGAAUCAUAUUUGAGGAUACUCCAAGAACGUGGCGAAGAUGUGGGUCUGCACUUGAAACAAAUAGAACUAAAGAAAAUUAAGUAUGGUCUGGAGGAGGAGGGCAGAAUUAAAAUUAAAGGAUCCCUCUUGCGCACUUAUUCUGUCAGUAUAAUCUUUAAAAUAAUUUUCGAAGUGUCUUUUAUAUUAACUCAAUGGUGCAUUUAUGAUUUCAAAUUCAUACUGAAUGCUAUUUACACCUGCGAGAGGUAUCCAUGCCCACACAAAGUAGACUGCUUCCUGUCACGACCCACAGAGAAGACCAUCUUUGUUAUAUUCAUGCUGGUGGUAUCCGUUGCGUCAGCUAUGCUAAAUGUGGCAGAGUUGUUCUACAUCGGCUUCAAAACUACAGCUGACCAUGUCAAACAGAAUAGGAAUUUAUUUCAAGACUCUCAAAAAACAGGCUUGAAUACUCUCAAAGACUCCUCUGCGUUGAAGUACGCCUAUUUCAAUGGGUGUUCCGCACCAACUGCACCCAUGUCCCCUCCUGGAUACAAGCUUGCUACCGGGGACAGGAAUAUGUCCUCUUGCCGAAGCUACAAUAAGCAGGCUAAUGAACAAAACUGGGCAAAUUACAGCACAGAACAAAACCGGAUCGGUCAGACCGGUAGCACCAUUUCCAACUGCCAUGCACAGGCGUUUGAUUUCCGUGGUGAACAGCCAACCAUGCAAAAGCUAUCAUCUGUUACAGAACUGGAACCAAUUGGUCUCACGGAACAGAGGCCUCCCAGUAGAGCCAGCAGUAGAGGAAGCAGCAGGCCUCGACCAGAUGACCUUGAGGUCUAACCCAGUCGGUUCAUUUAAGACACUGCCUCAUUUCUACAAUCUCGAGUAGAUACAUUAUUUGUCUGGAAAUGCUUCCCAGAUGUUGGUACUUAGUAGUUUUGAGUUAUACUCAUUACUAACUAACAAUUCGGUGGUAUUACCUUUUUAAAUAGGACCACGCUAAGACACAACAAAAAUUAUACUUCUGAUGAUAUUCACUCCAGUAAACUCAUUUAACAAAAGGCCAGCUGAAAAAAAUAUAAGAAAUUAUUACAAUGAUGUUAUGCAAUUUCUUGUCAUACUCCUGCACAUUGCCAAAGUAUUCCUUCUUAUUCCUUCAAAGAAUUUGACCUUGUACCAAUUGAUUUAAGCCAAGUAAUAAUAUUUCAAGACAUGAUCCUGCACUAUGAAGUUUUUCAUCAUUCUGAUUGAAAUAACUCUUUAGCAGCAACAGUAAAACACAAAUCUAUCCUGGGCAUCAAAAUAAUUUGAAAAGAAUACAUUGCAGAGUUUAUGAAUAUAGAUGGACACAAAGUGCUGGAGUAACUCAGCAGUUCAGGCAGCAGCUCUGGCGAACAUGGAUAGGUGACGUUUCAGGUUGGGAACCUUCUUCAGAUCUGUCUGCUGGUGUAUCUGCUGUCAGAAGAACUGUCACCUAUCCAUAUUCUCCAUUGCUGAGUUACACCAGCAUCUUGUAUCAUUUUAUGUAUUAACCAGAAUCUGCAGUUCUUUGUUUCUACAUUAUAAACAUUGUUGAUUUGUUCAUGUCAGAUGUCUCCCUGUGCACUUGAAAUUAUUUAACCAGAAAAUCAGUUUAGAUGUUCUUGAACAUAUUUCUUGACUAAUGAAUGUUUGGUAUUUGACCCUUUUUGUUAAAUUGUUCCACCAAUACCAUACCCAUUACUUCUUAUCAUACUUAUAAACAAAACACUGCUUCACUGAAUAAUGAAUAAUUUCAAGUGCAAUGAACACAAUGAAACCAAUUGGGAUAAUUUUGAAAGACAAAAUGUUUGUACAAUUAAUAUUCUACUUAUUAUUAUCACUGCAGUUUUAUAAUCUGAUCAUCAAACCAUUAAUUAUUUGGUUCAUACAUUCUUAAUUUAAAGCAGGAUGGCAAAAGUUAAAUACUCUGUGGGUGGGGGGUCAGGGGAAAGGAGGGGAGCAGAGUGGGGAAUUGCUGUGGAGAGGGCCUAUACUGAUGCAUUCCCAAGGAGCCUAUUUGACAAUCUGGUGUAUUUUUCUUAGAAUAUUUGUUCAAAUAUGGCAUGGCUAAUUUUAUUGUCUUAACUGUGUAACAUGAGUGUAUUUGUAUCCAGCGAGGAUACUGUGGUUUAUAUGAGAAAGGUAAGAAUGAUUGCUAUUUUGUGCUAAGCAAUAGUAACUUGAUUGUGUGAAAGAAAAUUAAGAACUAUUUAAUCAUUGCAGUGAUAGUGGUAACAGUACUUUUGAGAUGAAGUUAUCAGUAGUAUGAGAAACUUGUAGUCAAUGUGCUUAGUGCUGGACUAAUAUUUAGUCAUCAAGUAAUAAAGGUAUUCGCCAAUAUAGCAUCACAAAUAUCCACAUUCACCAAUACAUUUUAUUUGAUUCUUUUUUUAAAAUAUCACAUAAUAUAAUCUCACAAGCAAUUCUAAAACUACAGUUUCCAAGAAUUGACUUGGUCUUCAUGUAUCCAAGUUUUGUUUAUUACUUUAGCUAUAAUGGCGUUUGCACUGAAGUUUGAUACUUGCUCAGAAUGCACAUGGCACAGAAAGUUGUUACUAUUUGUCAAGUAGUGUGCAUGUAACUAAUUUAUUUUUUGCAAAGGUUCCAUAUCUCCUUUAAUAAUGUAUUUGGGAUUACUUUAGAGAAAAGCCUAUCCACAGAUGGAUCCAUCUUCAGUUCCAUUUAUGUUCUAUGGUCAUUGUUAAUUUCCCAAAUUUUGUGAUCAUUCCAUAAAUAACUGAGGGAUAUAAUCUGUGAUCACUGUCACAGGUGGAGUUGUUGUCUGAUAUCUAUUUCCAUUGUCUGUUGCAUCUCCAUGGGGAAAUUGUGGUGUGACUAGUCAACACUUUUUUGGGGGGUGGGGCAAAAUGCUAAUAUUCAUCCACAAAGAAAAUUACUUGAAACAGUGAUGUUCACUCUAGUCAUAAUUAUUGUAAAGUGCUUAUGUUUUUAAAAAAUGUAUAAUUUAACAUUCCAAGCUAAAUCAUUGACAAACAGCCCCACUUAUACUGAGAUCCUUAGAAUUAUUAUCACGUGAACAGUCUCCUGUUUAAUACAGUCUGAUAACUUAAACUUUAAAAUGGCAUUUUCCUUAAUGGUACCUUGUCAAUUUUGUUUCAUGAUUUCAAUGUUAAGGAUAUUAAAACUCUUCAGAAUCUUAA